UCCACUGUCUCCCCAGCCGCGCGGCGCCUCCUCCAGGCCCCAGCACGCCGUGCCAACCCCGUGGCCACCGCUGUCCCCGCCGGGACCGAGACCUUAUCCUGAUGGCUGACUCCAAACCACUCCUCUCCCUUGAUGGGGACCCCGCGGCUGCAGAAGCUUUGCUCCAGGAUGUGUUUGGCAUCGUGGUGGAUGAGGUCAUUCGGAAAGGGACCAGCGCCUCCGAGAAGGUCUGCGAAUGGAAGGAGCCAGAGGAGCUGAAGCAGCUGCUGGACUUGGAGCUGCGCAGCGAGGGGGAGUCACAGGAGCAGAUCCUAGAGCGGUGCCGGGCUGUGAUCCGCUACAGCGUGAAGACCUGUCACCCUCGUUUCUUCAACCAGCUCUUCUCAGGGUUGGAUCCCCAUGCCCUAGCUGGGCGCAUUGUCACCGAGAGCCUCAACACCAGCCAGUACACAUAUGAAAUCGCCCCCGUGUUUGUACUCAUGGAAGAAGAGGUGCUGAAGAAACUCCGGGCCCUGGUGGGCUGGAGCUCUGGGGAUGGGGUCUUUUGCCCUGGUGGCUCCAUCUCCAACAUGUAUGCUAUGAACCUGGCCCGCUAUCAGCGCUACCCGGAUUGCAAACAGAAGGGCCUCCGGGCACUGCCACCCCUGGCCCUCUUCACAUCCAAGGAGUGUCAUUACUCCAUCAAGAAGGGAGCUGCCUUUCUGGGACUUGGCACCGACAGUGUCCGAAUAGUCCAGGCAGAUGAGAGAGGGAAAAUGAUCCCUGAGGAUCUGGAGCAGCAGAUCAGACUGGCUGAGGCUGAGGGUGCUGUGCCAUUUCUGGUCAGUGCCACCUCUGGCACUACCGUGCUGGGGGCCUUUGACCCCCUGGAGGCCAUUGCUGAUGUGUGCCAGCGUCACGGGCUGUGGCUGCACGUGGAUGCCGCCUGGGGGGGGAGUGUUUUGCUGUCACAGACCCAUCGACAUCUUCUGGAUGGGAUCCAGAGGGCUGACUCCGUGGCCUGGAAUCCCCACAAGCUCCUCUCCGUAGGCCUGCAGUGUUCGGCUCUCCUUCUCCGGGACACAUCGAACCUGCUCAAGCGCUGCCACGGGUCCCAGGCCAGCUACCUCUUCCAGCAGGACAAGUUCUACGACGUGACCCUGGACACGGGGGACAAGGUGGUGCAGUGUGGCCGCCGCGUGGACUGUCUGAAGCUGUGGCUCAUGUGGAAGGCACAGGGCGGGCAGGGGCUGGAGCGGCGAGUGGACCAGGCCUUUGCCCUUGCCCGGUACCUGGCGGAGGAAUUGAAGAAGCGGGAGGGGUUUGAGUUGGUCAUGGAGCCUGAAUUUGUCAAUGUGUGUUUCUGGUUCGUGCCCCCCAGUCUGCGGGGAAAGAAGGGGAGUCCGGAUUACAAUGAAAGGCUGGCUAAGGUGGCGCCCAUCCUCAAGGAGAGCAUGGUGAAGAAGGGCUCCAUGAUGAUCGGCUACCAGCCCCACGGCACCCGGGGCAACUUCUUCCGCAUGGUCGUGGCCAACCAUGCACUGACCCGGGUUGAUAUGGACUUCCUGCUGAACGAGCUGGAACAGCUGGGCCAGGACCUCUGAGCCGCUCCUUCUGGCUGCUGGCCUGGACCCCCACCCCCACCCCACCGUCUCCGUCUCCCUAAAUCCCCUCCCUGUGUUCUCAAGAACAACCUCUCAACAGCCUCUUUAGGAAACAAUUCUAGGAAACAAAGUCGUCUUAAUUUUUUUUUUUUUUUCCCUUUUAGGGCUGCACCUGCGGCAUA